UGGAGACGAUGAUCCUGCCAGCUCCCUUUGGGAAAUCGUGAGGAUCAGAUCUUGGACCAUGUAUCAUAUGAUGCUUCUAAUCCAAAAGAGGAAGGGCACUGGGAGUCAGCUCUUAAGGGCUGGAGAGGCAGAGGGAGACAGAGGAGCUGGUACUGCAGAGCUGUCAUCUGAUUGGCUGGACCGUCGUAGCUGGGCUAUAAAAGAGACCCCUACAGGCUUAGGAGGAAGACGCUCAGAGGAUUCUGACAAUAUCUUUACCGGAGAAGAGGCAAAGUACACUCAAAGCCAAAGCCACAGCUCCUCCUGCCGCAUUUCUUUCCUGCUUGCGAAUCCCAAGCUGUUAAAUAAGAUGUGCAAAGGGCUUGCAGGUCUGCCGGCUUCUUGCUUAAGGAGUGCAAAAGAUAUGAAACAUCGGCUAGGUUUCCUGCUGCAAAAAUCUGAUUCCUGUGAACAUAAUUCUUCCCACAACAAGAAGGACAAAGUGGUUAUUUGCCAGAGGGUAAGCCAAGAGGAAGUCAAGAAAUGGGCUGAAUCACUGGAAAACCUGAUUAGUCAUGAAUGUGGACUGGCAGCUUUCAAAGCUUUCUUGAAGUCUGAAUAUAGUGAGGAGAAUAUUGACUUCUGGAUCAGCUGUGAAGAGUAUAAGAAAAUCAAAUCACCAUCUAAACUAAGUCCCAAGGCCAAAAAGAUCUAUAAUGAAUUCAUCUCAGUCCAGGCAACCAAAGAGGUGAACCUGGAUUCUUGCACCAGGGAAGAGACAAGCCGGAACAUGCUAGAGCCUACAAUAACCUGCUUUGAUGAGGCCCAGAAGAAGAUUUUCAACCUGAUGGAGAAGGAUUCCUACCGCCGCUUCCUCAAGUCUCGAUUCUAUCUAGAUUUGGUCAACCCUUCCAGCUGUGGGGCAGAGAAGCAGAAAGGAGCCAAGAGUUCAGCAGACUGUGCUUCCCUGGUCCCUCAGUGUGCCUAAUUCUCACCUGAAGGCAGAGGGAUCAAAUGCCAAGACUCUAUGCUCUGGAAAACCUGAGGCCAAAUAUUGAUCUGUAUUAAGCUCCAGUGCUUUAUCCACAUUGUAGCCUAAUAUUCAUGCUGCCUGCCAUGUGUGAGUCACUUCCACGCAUAAACUAGAUAUAGCUGUUGGUGUUUGAGUGUUCAUCAGGGUGGAACCCCAUUCCAGUCCAAUUUUCCUAAGUUUCUUUGAGGGUUCCAUGGGAACAAAUCUCUAAAUAAAGGCCUGGUAGGUCUGGAUUUUCAAAGAUUGUUGGCAGUUUCCUCCUCCCAACAGUUUUACCUUGGGAUAGUUGGUUAGUGCAUGUCACGUGACAUCCACAUGCACAUAUAUUCUGUUGGUCAGCACGUUCUCCAGACCCUAGAUAUUUAGAUGAGGUUGAUCUAUGGUAUGCGCUUGUGUGUAUGUUUAUGUCUAUAUAUAAUAUAUAUAUUAUAUUAUAUAUAUUACUCAAGUUGGAAUAUAAUAUAUAUUAUGUAU